AUGCGGUCCCUGCAUCGGGUAAAAGUCGAGGGCAAGCCGCCCGCCCCUUGCGCCCUUGUCGUCUUCUUAUUCGGGAGAGUCGAUCCCGUCAGAAGGUUCUCGUCUGAGACCGUCUUCUCUUGCUCCCCCAUCUGUUUCAGCAUAGGCUGGGCCAACCAACGACAAAAGAUGAGAUUCUGGGCCUUGACAUGCGUGCUUUCAGGCCUGAUUGGUCAGGCUCAGGCUGUAACAAGAUGUGACAGGCGCCAAACGGUUGCCGCCAACGACUCCAAUGCUUACGAUUUUAUUGUGGUGGGUGGAGGAACUGCUGGCCUUGCCGUUGCUUCCCGCAUCAGUGCCGGCCUGCCCAACCUCAGUGUUUUGGUCAUCGAAGCUGGACCGGAUGGCCGUCAAGACCCAGCCAUUACGGUCCCAGGACGCAAAGGCUCAACUCUCGGCGGCAAAUAUGACUGGAACUUCACGACAGUCGCCCAACCGGCUGCAGACAACCGCGUCUUCGCCCAGAACCGUGGCAAGGUGCUGGGGGGCAGCUCCGCCCUCAACCUCAUGACAUGGGAUCGUACUUCCGUGGCCGAACUGGAUGCCUGGGAGGAGAAGCUGGGGAACAAGGGGUGGAACUGGCAUAGCUUGUACAAGGCCAUGCUGCAGGCUGAGACAUUUCAGCCAUCACCGCUGUACGGCAGCGAGGGUGUUGGCAAAACGGGCCCCAUUGGCACCCUGAUCAAUCGCAUCUUCCCCAGACAUCAGACCACCUGGAUCCCUACGCUGCAAAACCUCGGUCUGCCCGAGAACAGGCAACUACACGCGCUCGUACGCCCCAGAGUACCUGGCCAAAAUCGCAAAACCAAACCUCGCCCUCCCGCCUAA